AUGGGAACAACGUCUGAAGAUUUGUUUGGGGGUAGCAAGAGGGAUAAAGUACCUACACUCUGGUGUUGGGAGCAUAGGAGAGUAAUUCAUAGAGAUGUGAAGAGCGCAAAUAUUUUGUUAGAUGAUAAUAUGGAAGCCAAAAUAUGUGAUUUUGGUUUGUCAAGAUUAUGUCCAAGAAAUCAACGAGAUACCCAUGUCCCUACAAGAGCUGCUGGAACGAGGUUUUACAUGGAUCCAAUAUACAAUGAACGAGGUAUGCUCUCUAAAGAGUCCGAAAUAUACUCAUUUGGAGUGGAGAAUGAAAAAAUUGUUUAUAUUUUGGCGGCAAAGGAUCUAUUAAUUACAUGGCAAAAUGACACUCGAUAUUGGGAUUGGGGACACAUAACUCAAUCAAGGUUCCCGAAGGUGUGGAUACUUAGAGGAGUAUGGUGGCUUGAAAUCAAAGGCAAAAUAGCAGUUGUGAAGCUGUCAGAAAAGAGUAUAUAUAUAGCGUAUCUUGUCUUCCGAACUACCGAGGAUUCCACCGGACUUGAUGUGCAUGGGAAUUCAAGCAUAACUUUUGGUGGGAGAAAAAUAGAAACUAAAAAUGUUUAUCUUCAAAGACCAAAGGCUAGGGAAACAUGGGAAGAAAACUAUGUGUUUCCUUAUAGGAGAAUGGAUGGGUGGAUGGAGAUUAAGUUGGGAGAAUUCGAGUACAAGCAAGGUGAUUAUGGGGAAGUUGAGAUGGCGUUUAAAGAGGUUAAGUGUUGGAAGAGUACUGGUCUUAUCGUGGAGGGUAUCGAGAUACGGACUAAAUAG